UAAAGAAACUUGCUAUAACUUGCGGUAAAUCCAUCCUUCAUAUUUGUUUAUACCUUCAUGUUAUUAUGUUGAAUGAUAAAACUGUUAUCAAUAGUGCUUUUUAAAUGAUAAUAUUUUUUUAUUUUUACUUGAUUUUAUCGAUUACAUUGUGAAUGUCUGAUACAGAAAGUGAUUCAGAAGCAACAAACGAGACCACUAGAUUAAUGGACGGACAUGUGGCAAGGGAAACGGAUGAGCCAAGCUCUGAUAAAAAUGCAUGGAGACGUAGGCCGAAAAGUUCGUCUCCAAAUAAUCCUACUUACGGAGGAACAGAUACUACACCAAUCCCAGCGGUAAAUAUUAGACAACCGUCUACACAGCCUUCUACACCUAGAGAUGCCUCAGAAAAUUAUGAUGUUGAUUUAAUUGAUGAAGAAGAGGAAUUAAAAUAUGGAGCAAAACAUGUUAUAAAAUUGUUUGUGCCGGUGUCACUAUGUAUGUUGGUCGUUGUAGCCACAAUUAGUUCGGUUACGUUUUACACAAAGAAAGAUGUUUAUCUUAUUUACACACCGUUUCAUGAAGAAAGUGCAGAUACAAGUACCAAAGUUUGGAAUGCUGUAGCCAAUUCUUUAAUUUUGAUGGUCGUUAUUGUUAUUAUGACUGUUUUAUUGAUUAUUUUAUAUAAAAAUCGAUGUUAUACGGUAAUUCACGGAUGGUUAAUUAUUUCCUCGUUAAUGCUUUUGUUUAUAUUUUCCUAUUUAUAUUUAGAAGAAUUAUUACGCGCUUAUAACAUUCCAAUGGAUUAUAUAACUUUAACAAUAUUUAUGUGGAAUUUUGGUGUCGUUGGAAUGGUCUGUAUUCAUUGGCAAGGACCGCUACGUUUACAACAAGGAUAUUUAAUAUUUGUAGCGGCAUUAAUGGCUUUAGUAUUUAUUAAAUAUUUACCUGAAUGGACCACUUGGGUCGUUUUAGCAGUCAUUUCAAUCUGGGAUUUGGUUGCUGUAUUGACACCUAAAGGACCAUUACGUAUUCUAGUAGAAACUGCUCAAGAACGAAAUGAACAAAUAUUUCCAGCAUUAAUCUAUUCAUCAACAUUUAUGUACAGUUCAAUUGGAAUGGCCAGUGGUGAUAAUGCAGAACGCUCAAAUAGACCUAGUCAACAACAGGAAAAUACCAGACAAGAAACAGGUGAUCCAGAAAGUGGAUUUUCAUCCGAAUGGAUGAAUACAAAUCAAGAAAGAGUAGCACGUCGCCAACUUGAAGUUCGACAAGUUGCUGGAAAUAGAUCUACACCGGAAUAUCGUACCCAAACUACUAAUAAUUCGCAGGGAAAUCGACAACAACAAGAAAUGAUGGAAGAUGAAGAACGUGGAGUUAAAUUAGGAUUAGGUGAUUUCAUAUUCUACAGUGUACUAGUGGGUAAAGCAUCCUCAUAUGGAGAUUGGAAUACCACAUUAGCCUGUUUUGUCGCUAUUUUAAUUGGUUUGUGUUUAACAUUACUCCUUUUGGCAAUAUUUAAGAAAGCAUUACCUGCAUUGCCAAUUUCAAUAACAUUUGGUUUAAUAUUUUAUUUUACAACAAGAGAGAUUGUUAAACCAUUUGCAGAUAAUUUGGCUAGUGAACAAGUAUUCAUUUAAUAUUCGUAUUUCUUAUAAA